AUACCUGAAUCCAUCAGUCCAAACUUGCUCCGUGUGUUUACUCAGGUAGGUUCGGUCCCGAGUCCCUCCUGAUUGGUCGGCUUUGUUAAAAUCUGCACUCUGAUUGGAUCUGUAGGGUGAAUUUCCUUUGGCCAACACCUUCCCUUCCUACACGCAGCACCACAAACACACACCUGUCCCACACAACCCGAGUUGCUGCAUCUCAGCUGAAUGCUUCAGGAGUUUCAGCAGCCAUGUCUUCAGUUCAGCAUCUGAGAGAGUUCAUCAGCGAGCGCCUAGCUGCUGCUGCUGAGGAAAUAUUCUCCCAGUUUGAGAAAACCAUCGAAGAAGAGCUGAAAGCUCAGCGCAGACUGCUGGAUAUCAGCUGGGAUCCGCGGAUCAGGCUGCGCAGAGUCACGGGUCAUCUACGUACCUGUAAGGAGGAGGAGGUUCUGACUGACCAGCAGCUCUACAAUCAAGAGAGGACUUUCAGUUUGGAACAGAGCAAACCAGAACCUCCACAGGUUAAAGAGGAACAUGAGGAACCAGAACCUCCACAGGUUAAAGAGGAACAUGAAGAACCAGAACCUCCACAGGUUAAAGUGGAACAUGAGGAACCAGAACCUCCACAGGUUAAAGAGGAAAAUGAGGAACCAGAACCUCCACAGGUUAAAGAGGAUCCCUGCAACAGCCAGGAUGAGGAGCAGUUGGUUCUGGAACAAGAAUCUGACACCUUCAUGGGGACCAAUGACCAUGAGGACCAGAGUGAACCAGAACCAUCAACUAGUGACCAGAUAUGCCCUCCCCAUUCUCCUGCUGUUGAGGUUCCAGAUCAAAGUGAGCAGCGAGAUUCUGAACCAGCUCUGCAAAUGGAACCGAAGCCGAGACAAAAAAAAAGCCAAAAUCCUAAAAAAAAAGUCAAAAGCUCAUCGACUUCAGAGAAAGCCGGAGGAACCCAGAAAGCUGAAGAGUCUGUGGAGUGUGAUGUUUGUAAGAAGGUCUUUAGGUCCAAGUCCUACAUGAAGGUUCAUCAGCGGAUCCACACUGGUGAAAAACCAUUUGUGUGUACCUUCUGUGGUAAAAGAUUCCAUCAGGUGUGCUCAAUGAAAUAUCACGAGAGGAGUCACACAGGUGAGAAACUGUACUUCUGCAAAAUGUGUGGAAAGAGCUUCAGCUACUGCACACCCUUCAGGUUUCACAUGAAGAUCCAUUCCAACGAAAAACCAUACUCGUGUGAGACUUGCGACAAAAGCUUCAGAAGCCGUGAUAAGCUGAAGCUCCACACCAGAACCCACACAGGUGAGAAGCCCUACGGCUGCGACACCUGCGACAAAAGGUUCAAAGACUCGUCCAAGCUGAAGAGACACAUGAGGACACACACGGGGGAGAAGCCCUACUCCUGCAGGAGAUGUGGGAAAAGUUUCACCGACGGCAGCAGCCUGACGAGCCACAUGAGGAUCCACACAGGUGAGAAGCCCUACACCUGUGAAAUGUGCGGGGGCUGUUUCAGGCACAACAGCAGCUUAACUGUCCACAUGAGAAUCCACACAGGUGAGAACCCCUACACCUGCGACACCUGUGGAAGGACGUUUAAAGGCUCGUCGCAUUUGAAAAUCCACACGAGAAGCCACGAAGAUGGGAGUCUGGUUUCACGUAAGAGACGUUUAGCUGCUCACGCGGAAACUCCCACAGGUGAGAAGGUUUCGCUCUGAGACACAUGGACGAAGAGAAAUAAUCCGAAAACCAACAAAUGCAGAAACACUCUUCCCGGUUUGAGAGGAAAAAGCUGAAAACGAGUUCUCACGUUCCUGUGAAACGUGUUGAUGCUGAAACAGAAUGUGAGUUUAUGAGACUUUUCCUCAGAAUUAAAGAGAUAAAAAGAAAAUGUUUCUGUUGUUUUGUGUUAUUAUAAUUAUUCUUAUUGGGAUGGAAAGUUCAUCCUGAGGGCCAGACGAAGCUCUGAAACGUUCCAGCUGAAGCCAAAGCCUGAGAUGUUCCAAUACAAGGUUAAGUAUACUUUACUGUCACAGUAUUAACACUUUAGUUUUUACAUUUGUAGGUUGGACGACAACAAAUCCUGGAGACAAAGCAGCCGUUGAAGCACACCUGGGUCUCGUGGCUGAGUCGGGAGAUCGGUUCCCUAUAGGCCUUGUGCCCUUGAGCAAGAUACUGAAUGAGGAUAGUUGCCCCCAGAGUGUGUACAAACACCAUCCCACCGCUUUCCGGUGAAUGGUCACUGCAGAAAAAUCGUUUCUCCAAAGGCGACGUUAUUAAAAUAUUUCACCUUUUUUACUUCGGCUGGUGUAACAAGGUUAUCGUCGGACCUGAAACCGGUUUCUCCAUCAUUUAGAAGCUUGUGGGUUUUGGCUGAGUGGUUAUGCAGCUGGUAGCAUUGUUGCCUCGCAGCAAGAUGGUUGCAGGUUCAAGUCCUGACUCAACCAUUUCUGCAUGGAGUUAGCAUGUUCUCAUGCAUGUGUGGAGUUAGCGUGUUCUCCUCACGUAUGUGUGGGGUUAAACCCCACAGUUUCUCGUGGAUAUGGAAGUUUUAGCCGUCUGUUCUCUCUCCAGUCCUGGAUUCGGUCUGCUUGCAGGUCCCUCAGUUUUUGUUUCAUCUAUAUUUUUUACCCAUUUUUAACUGUUUUUUUCAGGUGAGAUGGUAUUCACCCUAACCAACAUGGCUCAAGCAUGCUAACUGCUAACAUCCAGUAUGCUGUGCAGUCCCAUAGAUAUGUAUCUAUUGUAUGGUGAAUUCCCUUUCACAGACAUGAUGGUUUACACCCCAGCCAUCUUCACCUUCUUCGACCAUCGCUCUCACCACCACUCCAAAUAACAUUCAAUGAUCCUCCCGCAUUGUAACACUGACUUAAGGAUUGAAAAGAUCACAGCAAGCAUUUGAUUCGUGUGUGGCAAGGUGGAUAAACGAGGGCCCGGGCGGGAUUCGAUCCCCAGACUCCCGGGUGAGAGUCGUACGCUUUAACCAGUCAGCCAAAGGGACAUCCCCUUGGCCAAGUAGCCAGGGCGCAUGAUCAAUUGGGACACUGUGACAGGACACUCACACUGUCACACGUGGAUGGAAAUGAUGGAAAAUGUAGGUUUAGAGGUGGUGAGCGCAUGAAGAGGUGGAGGAGAAUGAGGGACAAAUUUGUCUGUGUUCAAAAAGUCUCUGAAAUACAAAAAAACAAUAUAAACACAAUAGUAAAUGCACAAUCUUGGACUGCGUACAUGACAGGAUACCACAGAUAAGCGCUGUGCCCUCUGCUGUCCUGGAGGGGAAGUGCUUUGCAACACUCCUCAGGAGACGGAGAAGUCUGAAGGCAAAACGCUUCCGUCUAUCCAUGCGUGUCUCUCCCUGGUGGAGCUGAUGCAGAAGCAUACACCAGGCUUGAGAAAAACAUUUAAGUUAACUACUAAAGUAACAGGAAAUAAUUCAAUUAAAGAGAAGUGGUAGAAGAAAGUAGCAGUGUGGUCAGUAUGUCCUCCAGCAGUCUAAGCCUACUGCUGCAGCACAACUAAAGGGGUGAACCUGGAUAACCCAGUAUGUCCUCCAGCAGUCUGUUCUAUGAACAUCUUUGUAAAUAUUUUAGCCAUUUAUGAUGGUUGCAGUG